AUGCUUCGCCAUUUGCUUCUAGCUGUCAUCUCGGUUGACGGUCUCGUCGCCGCGCAGGACGGAGACAUCGUCGAGACGCUCAAUGGCAUCGCCGAGCUGUCAGACCUGGUGACGUAUCUGUAUAGUUUCCCCAACCUCACCCUGUGGCUGCAGGGACUGUCCGACAUUACCUUCCUGGCUCCCAGCAACGAUGCGUUUGCCGCGUUGGCCGACUCCUCGACCAUUCCGAGCAUCCCGCUCGACGAGACCGACGCACACGCGCUGAUGAGCUACCAUGUCCUGGACGGGACGUAUUACGGAUUCACCUCGGACGAAUACAACCUGGUCACGACGGCGUUGUCCACGUCCGGAUACACGAAUGUGACUGGAGGCCAGAUCGUCGCUGCGAAAGGCUCACCCUGGUCCGACGCCAUCACCUUCACGUCGGGGAAGCGGCAGACGUCCGAGACGGACGGGGUGGCGUUCAACUUCACCGGCGGCGCCGUCUACGUGGUCGACGCGUUCCUAAGUCUCCCCCAGCCCUUCAAAGCGACUGUCGACGCGGAGAAGAUGCUCGGGGGAUCCGUGUUCGCCGAGGCGGCGGUGCUCACGGAGAGCGGCGAGCACAUGAGCGUCAACGACCUGUCCGACGUCACGGUCUUCCUACCCAUGAAUUACUCCUUCCAGGAAAUCGGCAGCGUGAUCGAGAACAUGUCCUGGACCGAGCUGGAACGCCUGGUCUCGUACCACGUCGUCGACCGCGUCCUCGACAUCAACCCGCAGUCUCCGCCCGUCGGGCAGUACUCGACGUACGAGGGCUCCGAGGUGUCCAUCUUCAGCCAGAACGGCUUUGUGUUUAUCAACAACGCCAGGAUCGUCGGGUCGGCCGACUGGAUUUUUGGCGGUGGCAUGAUCUACACCAUUUACGGAGUCCUCAACCCGGACAACACAACAGUCGACCAGAGCAUUAACGACGCCGAAAUCGCCUUUGCCGACGCCACCUUCAUCCUGGACCCGACAUUCCCUACCGCGCCGGGCGCCCCAACAAGCUCUACGGGAUCCAGCUCUGGGGGCGGUCUCUCGCACGGAGCCAAAGCCGCAAUCGGCGUGUCUAUCGCCGUGGCCGCCAUCCUCCUCGUCAUCUUGGCCUUGUUCAUCCGCGCGCGACGACGCCGCACGGCGCGAGACCUCGGCGUGGGACUCGGCACGAAGCCGUCGCGCAAGAGUUCCCAGUAUCCGUAUCCGACACGGUACCCAUACGCUACGCAGUACCCGCUCAAGGACUUCGAGCUCAAGGAGGUGUCUGUCUCGCACAGCGAACUUGUCGCCAACGCGGCGGCACCAGCGCGGGUGCCGCUCAAGGAUUUGGAUCUGACGCCGAAUGUCAGCGUGUAUUCGUUGCGGUAG